AUGGCACCCUCCAGGGAUUUCGCUUCUUGCCAGCUCGGCGACUCUCACGGUCUACCAAGCUUUGUCCCAGUACUAAUUGUCGGCGGAGGUCCGACGGGUCUCUUGCAGGCACUUCUGCUCUCUCGGCUGGGAGUUCGCUCAUUGAUCAUUGAACGGUAUCCGGAGCGUCUGGCGGCACCCAAGGCCCACGCGAUCAACCCCCGCACUUUGGAGAUCUUGCGACAAUAUGAACUGGGUGAGAAGCGUAUCCGUGAGCUGGGAACUUCGCGCGACGAUGGCUCGUGGGUUAACUUCCUCACGGAUCUCUCUGGAGAUUUGAUCGGGAGAAUUCCAUACGAACGGAUGGACCCUGGGGUCUUGGAUCAUACGCCGGAGAUGAUACACAAUAUUCCUCAGCCAGUGCUGGAACAGGAGUUCACAAAUCAUAUCAGCAAGGACCCUAACAUCUUGUUGGUCAAAGGAUUUAGCAUCCAUGCCGUAGAACAGACUAAGAGUGAGGUUCUUGCGACAAUCGAGGACCGUACAACUGGAAACCUGCAUCAGAUCAAGUCACGUCACCUCAUAGCCUGCGACGGUCGCAAAAGCAAGGUGCGCGAACUGCUCGGUAUUGAGUCUGAGAGCGAGGACUCUGAUCAGACCAUGAUGACUAUCCACUUCAACGCCAAUCUGAGACCAGUGGUUGGCGAUCGAGUCGGUAUGCUGUAUUGGAUCAUGGAUCCAAUAGCUGCAGGCUUCAUCAUCGGAUAUGACCUUGAUGGAACUCAAGUACACAUUAGCCAAGUCGAUGUGAAGCAACACCCAGUCGAAUCAUGGACCGAGGAGUUGUGUCGGGCCAAGAUCCGCGGGGCCAUUGGGAAGGAAGACGUUCCAUUUGAUAUUCUCAGUUUCAGACCUUGGGUGUUUCGAAGACAGGUUGCGCACACAUUCCAAGAAGGAAAUAUCUUCCUAGCUGGUGAUGCUGCACACUCAUUCCCACCAACUGGUGGACUUGGUCUGAAUUGUGGUCUUGCGGAUGUCCACAAUCUGGCGUAUAAAAUCGCUUUGGUUCACCGUGAAGUAGCGAGCCCGACAAUACUCUCGACAUACACAUCGGAACGACGCGGCGUCGCAGAUUCUUAUUCUAAACAGAGUGUCAAGAAUGGCAAAGAAAUAUUCGCCCUUUUGCAAACUCUGAGAACGGCGGGCGUCGAAGACGUCGCGCAAGCACGCAAAAACAUGGCAGAUGCGUUGGCGGAUUCGGUCCAACAUGCCAAUGUCAAAAGAGGCAUCGAGGGACAGAGAGAGCACUUCGAUAAUGUAAGUUGCGCCGGUCUUAAUACCACGCCUGUUUUCAAAGGUCUAACAUCUCCACUCAAGCUCGAGCUUCACAUUGGAUAUGUGUAUGGUGCCCUCAAACCACCUUCUCACGCAUCGCAUUACUCGCCAAAGUUUGUAACCGGAGCUCGUUUGCCUCACGCGUGGAUCAAAAUUCUUGAUCAGCCCACCUCAGCAGUGAAUACGGCCAAGUAUAAAGCUCUUCCACAAGCACCUGUUGAUGUUUCCUAUGCUCGAGAGCUUGAGAAGACGGAGAUAGAAUCUCGUCAAUGGAGUACAUUGGAUCUCUGUGGCCCCGACUCCUGGACUCUCAUGCUUGGGCGUAGUGAGCCAACAUUGCAGGUUUCGGCCCUUGAGAAACACUGCAACUCCAUUGGUGUUGACCUCAAUACCUGGCGGCUUGGCAGUGAGUUUGAUCUGGAAAGAAACCAUGAGUUCGAGGAUGAGUUGCUCAAAGGAGGAGGGAUACUGGUGCGCCCGGACCAGCACAUAUUGACUCGGGUCCCUCCUGGUGCAACGGGAGACGAGAUUCUCAUUGAGCUGAAAGGGCACUUGGGAGUUUGA